AUUUCUGUACCUUCGUCCUGACGAGAACAGCCACGUUGAAGUUGGGUUAGUACUUUUGGUCCUUCUCGGCACCUGUAGUUUACUUGGUGCCUGGAUUGUGUUUUUAUCGAGGCGUUUGUGUCAGGUCAAAGAAAUACCUGCUGCAAGUACAGCUUUGGCACCAUGUCUGACAAAAGUGAGCUCAAAGCAGAGCUUGAGAGGAAGAAGCAGCGCUUGGCACAAAUCAGAGAAGAGAAAAGAAGAAAGGAGGAGGAGCGCAAAAAGGCGGAACAACAGCUGAAAGAAGCUGCCAUCCAAGCAGAGGAUUCUGACUUGGAGAAAAAGAGACGUGAAGCCGAGGCUCUCCUGCAGAGUGUGGGCAUAACCACAGAUGUUUCAGCUGUUCCUGCUCCCACGUCUCCCACUGCCAAAUCUGCUGGCACGCCAAGUGAGGCAGGGAGCCAAGACUCUGAUGGAGCCGCUGGUCCCAGGCAUGUCGCCCCAAAAUUGGGAAUGGCCAAAAUCACACAAGUGGAUUUCCCACCUCGGGAAACUGUGUCCUACUCAAAGGAGACCCAGACCCCCGCCAUGACCCCGGCCAAUAAAGAGGAAGAAGAGGAGGAAGAAACUGCUGCCCCUCAACCCAAAGAGGAGAUUCCUUCUGAAAAAGUCGACCAAAAGGAGGAGGAGGAAGCACCUCCCCGCGAGCUAUCAGAGGAGGAAAAACUCCAAAUUCUUCACUCGGAGGACUUUACAAAUUUCUUCGAUCACAGCACGCGCAUCAUUGAGCGCGCUCUAUCUGAGCAUGUGGACAUCUUCUUUAACUACAUCGGCCAGGGCCUGGAUGAGAAGGAGAGUGAAAUUCAGGCCGGAGCAAAGCUGUCCCUCAACAGGCAGUUCAUGGACGAGCGCUGGUCCAAACACCGAGUUGUUACCUGCCUCGACUGGUCCCCCCAGUAUCCUGAGCUUGUGGUUGCUUCAUACAACAACAACGAAGAAGCUCCGCACGAACCGGACGGCGUGGCUUUAGUCUGGAACAUGAAAUACAAGAAAAGUACUCCAGAAUUCGUCUUCCACUGUCAGUCGGCCGUCAUGUCGGCGGCGUUUGCAAAGUUCCACCCAAACGUCGUGGUGGGGGGCACAUACUCGGGGCAGAUUGUGCUGUGGGACAACAGGAUCAACAAGAGGACUCCGGUGCAGAGGACUCCUCUGUCGGCAGCCGCACAUACGCACCCUGUUUACUGUGUAAAUGUGGUCGGCACCCAGAACGCCCACAACCUGAUCAGCAUCUCCACCGACGGGAAGAUUUGCUCCUGGAGUUUGGACAUGCUCUCCCAGCCUCAGGACAGCAUGGAGCUGGUGUUCAAGCAGUCCAAAGCCGUAGCUGUCACCUCCAUGUCUUUCCCCCUCGGAGACGUCAACAAUUUCGUUGUGGGCAGCGAGGAUGGCUCCGUCUACAUGUCGUGUCGUCAUGGAAGCAAAGCGGGCAUUAGUGAGAUGUUUGAGGGUCAUCACGGCCCCAUCACGGGGAUCGACUGCCACACAGCUGCAGGACCCCUGGACUUCUCCCAUCUGUUUGUAACCUCUUCUUUCGACUGGACCGUCAAGCUGUGGAGCACCAAGAACAACAAGCCUCUGUACUCAUUUGAAGAUAACUCGGACUACGUCUACGACGUCAUGUGGUCCCCCACACACCCUGCUCUGUUCGCUUGCGUGGACGGCGUCGGCCACCUCGACCUGUGGAAUCUAAACAAUGACACUGAGGUGCCCACUGCCAGUGUGGUAGUAGACGUUAACCCAGCCCUCAACAAGCUCCGGUGGGCGCAUUCGGGCAGGGAGAUCGCAGUGGGCGACUCCGAUGGACGAGUUCUCGUCUAUGAGGUUGGAGAGCAAGUUGCAGUUCCCCGAAACGAUGAGUGGACACGCUUUGUUCGCACGCUGGCAGAGAUCAACGAGAACCGGGAUGAUGCCGAGGAGCUGGCAGCGCAGCGUCUGGCUGCAUGAGCUCAGCGCUGCUGGAGGCGCCACUUCAGGGACCAGUUGUGUGCUUGAUUUCAUGAAACACGUCUUAACAUGACAGAAGGAAACACAUAGUUUUUUCUUACAUCAGAAGUACAGACUCCCUUUGAUUUCCUACACUUUCAUUUGGACAGCUGCCUUCAUGUUUAGCCGGAUGGAUGCCCGCAGGUGUCGGCGCUUCCAAACCAAGACACUAACGUGAAGCCGUAGCUUUCCUCUUUUCACCUGGGGGCCUUAAAGUUUUUCUUUGGAAGAACAAUUCUAUUUACAGCAUGUUGACAGAAGCCUUAAGGUUACGUUUUUUUGAACCAAAAAGGUGCUUCCCAAACUCAUGAAAGUUCAUCAGUCAGCGUUUAUAGCGAAUCAGGUCGUCAUCUCUCGUUCUUCUUCUGACUUUCUACUGAUUAUUUUAUACAAGAUUGUAGAUUUCACUUAAUCAAUGCAGCUGGAAUGUCACUAAAAACCACAGAUAUGAUCAGAGAUGCUGUACUUGCACAGUGGUUUCCACAAGCUAAAUAAAUCUUGGUGUAAAAACAGAGAAUGAAUUUCCACAGUAGAAACACUUUUGAUUUAUUUCCGUAAAAUACAAUAAAUACAUUUAAAUUA